UUUUCUGAUUGACCCAUACAGAUAUGAUGAUCAAUCGAUUCUUAAAUAAUCGAUUUAAAGGUAACAACUUUAGACCUAAUGUCAAUUGUCAAGACAAGACAAGACUUAAGUGUACACAUAACCCAAACGUAACGAAAUUAGGUUUUGGUGUUACUGUUUAUUUUAUUGCAGCACACAUUAUUAAUACUUGUCCUUUGUGUAGUGUUUUGACAAUCCAGAGUUAAAUUUUUAAGAAGAUGGCAAUUUGCAUAGUAUAAUGAUAAAUUACUCUGUAACUCAUCUUCCAUUUCAAAUUUAAGUUUCAACUGAAGUUGAAUCGAGGGCAAAAUGGAAAAUAACAAAAAGGCUGAUGAUGUGGAUAUUCCGACAGCCGAUGGAAAUCUGUUAGAACAACCAAGACUUAAGACUGCUCCAACACGAAAUCCUCUGAUGAAAGUACGUACUUAUGUGUUGGCACUUCGACCGUGGUCACUCAGCGGAAGCUUACUGCCGACUCUAUUAGGAGCGGCACUAGCAUAUCGUCUUCCCGGAGAAAAUGGAUUUAGUUGGGUUACAUUACUCCUCACCCUGUGCACCAUCAUUCCAGUACAUGGGGCUGGGAAUGUUGUUAAUACUUAUUUUGAUUUUGUCAAAGGAAUAGAUAAUCGUAAGUCGGAUGAUAGAACUUUAGUUGAUCAUAUUUUAAGUAUAGAUGAAGUUGUAUCUCUAGGAGCUAUACUAUAUAUGGCUGGAUGUGCAUUUUUUGUGUUAUUGGUUAUAAUGUCGCCUGCUAGAAUGGAACAUUUAGCCUUGGUGUACUUUGGAGGCUUAUCAUCAUCAUUUUUGUAUACCGGAGGUAUUGGCUUAAAGUAUAUUGCUCUAGGUGACAUAAUAGUUCUAGUCAUAUUUGGGCCUGUGUCUGUUGUGUUUGCUUUUCUAGCUCAGACAGGAAGAGUUGACUGGCCUAUUUUCUACUAUGCAAUACCAUUGGCUUUAAACACAGAAGCUAUUUUACAUAGCAAUAAUACCAGAGAUCUUGAAGCUGACAGUAAAGCUGAAAUUGUAACUCUAGCAAUUCUUAUUGGAAGAACUGCAUCUCAUUUGCUAUAUGCAUUUUUACUUUUUACUCCAUAUAUCAUGUUUGUAGUUGCCUCAGUUCGCUGCUCUCUGUGGUUUUUACUACCAAUGCUCACUUUACCUCGAGCAUUUGAAAUUGAAAGAAGAUUCAGAUGUCCUGAAACUAUGCAGUAUGUUCCCAGACAAACUGCCAGGCUGAAUUUCUAUUUUGGAAUGUUAUACAUGAUAUCCUGCUUGUUUGCUAAUAAGCUACCAUUCCUUUUGAGAUAAUAUAUAUUUAAAAAGAAAGGUUAUUGGUAGUAAUAUUUUUAAUGGAAUGUACUUACUGAUUUCAUAUAGCAUCAUAAAAUUGCAGAUUUAACUUGAUUUGAAGUUUUUUAAAAUUUCAUUUAUAUUAUAUUACUUAACAAGUUAUCAAAUUUAUUGUAUUCUUUACAAAUGCAUGAUA